AUGGCCUUAUUCACUGGCCUCGUAUCUCUGUAUGUUUUCAGUAUUCUGAAGUCUGCUUUGUUUGGGGUUAAGGCCCCUUACAUUGGCCACCGCUCAUACUUUGAGCCGGCAUGGGUUGUGGGACUACGCUUCGUGCGCGGCAGCGGGCCAAUGAUUAAGGAAGGAUACCAACAGUUUAAAAAUACCAUGUUCAAGGUUCGACGCAACGAUGCCGAUAUCCUGGUCAUCUCAAAUAAGCACAUAGAUCAACUUCGCAACCUACCAGACCAGCAGAUCAGCGCCAUCAGGGCUCAUAUCAAGAAUCUUCUCGGACAUUAUUCCACCACGCUUAUCUUAUUAGAGAGCGACUUACACACCCAAGUUCUUCAACAGAAGUUAACACCCAACCUGGCUGGUACGAUCCCGGUCGUGAAGGACGAGCUCGAUUUUUCGUUAGAGACCGAGGUUCCGAAGUGCACAGGCGAUUGGAAUGAGGUCCAGAUCUACGAAAUCCUGCUCCGAAUCGUUGCACGCAUCUCAGCGCGAGUGUUCCUAGGCCCCGGCGCGUGCCGAAAUGAAGAAUGGCUCGCGACCAGCAUCCACUACACAGAAAACGUCUUCACAACGGUCAUGACGCUGCGCAGAUUCCCCCCAUGGCUUCACCCGAUCAUUGGAGUAAUGCUACCCUCAUACUGGCGGGUCCGCUCCAACUUAUCCACAGCGAAGCGCAUCAUCGGCCCCAUGGUACGAGAGCGACGAGCCUUGGCACAAUCUGAUAAAGAAUAUGAGAAAGGCUCAGAUCUACUGCAAUGGAUGAUGGAUGCCGCAAACGAGAAUGACGGCCAGCCGCAUAAGCUAGCGCACCGACAGUUACUCCUAAGUCUCGCUUCAAUCCACACGACCACCAUGGCCGCGGCACACGGGCUCUAUGACCUAUGCGCCCACCCCGAGCACUUUGAUACCCUCAGAGCGGAACUCGUUGAAGUACUGCGAGCCGACGGAGGAUGGCAAAAGACGUCUCUGAACAAGCUGCGCAAGAUGGACAGUUUCAUGAAAGAGUCCCAGCGACUGAACCCGCCAAGUUUACUCGCAUUCAACCGCAUAGUCCGAAGUCCCGUCAAGCUCUCAGACGGAACGCUCCUUCCAACCGGGACACACUUCAGCAUGGCCGCACACUCGCUCCUUCACGACCCAGAGCUUCUGCCGGGUGGCGGGGACCCAACGGAGUUCGACCCGUUCCGGUACUCGCGACUCCGCGACGACACCAGCAAGCCGGAGAACGCGAACAAGUUCCAAUUCGCCAUGACCGACCGCAACAGCCUGCACUUCGGGCACGGGAAAUACGCCUGCCCGGGUCGUUUCUUCGCCAGCAACGAGAUCAAGAUUAUCCUUGCCCAUCUGCUGCUGCGCUACGACUUCAAGUAUCCCGCCGGCCAGGGCCGUCCGAGGAACUUGUUCGCGGAUGAGAAUAUUUACCCCGAUCCGGCGGCUAGACUGCUGAUGCGGGAGCGCGUUGAGGUUGAUGAGGAUGUGAGGAAGCUUGUGGGUGCUUGA